AACUUUAUCUUUUUUUUCAGAAAAGGAAUGGUCUGUUUUGUUUAUUGUAGUGUAAAGUAUUUUAUUUGUUUAUAAAGAAUCCAGAAGGUAUACAAUUAGAUAAUAAAUAGAAUGGAGCCAGGAAGGAAAUUGUGUACUCUGUCUCAAGCAAUCGUACUCUCAUUGAUUGGUGUUGUUUCGGCCCUGACGUGUGAUCCAGCCGCGGAAGAAAUGCCCUAUGACAUUCAAUACAACAUGACGAGCAUUCCCAGCGAGUCGAGGAUGUUUGUGUGGAUGAAAGACGGAAACAUCGCUUUCGAAUGUACGGUAGCCUCAGGCGAUUGCAGCCAUAACGACAUCCCAUGGCUGAAAGCCAGCACUGAGAGAGUAGAUGACAGUUUGAUCUUCAAUAUUCACUUCCCAAGGGUUACAAGACAACUGGGCAGAAAUUCCGAAGGAGUUUGGUCGUUACACUCUCACACUUCGCAUUCUAAACAGGAAACGUUUUACACGUGUAACUUAAAAGUAUACGCAGCGCCAAGCACCAAUACGACUCAUUGCGAAUCUACUUGGUCUGCAAGUCAAAUAUAUUACAGCUGUAAUACAACAAAAUCAUACCCACGAUCAUUGAUGGCGAUUCGAUGGUACAAUGAAAUAUCCCUAGCCUCAUGCAAGUACGCUCCAGUUUCUGUUGAACCAGUCUACUACAACGCCCAGUGCUCUACAAGUCUGAAAACUGAAAAACUGCAUUUAACUCCCAACGAUUUCAAUAUUUUUGUGUACCCCAAUGUAACUGGUACUCAAAAGGAUUUUCAUUUUGGGAUUUCUUUGUCAGCAGUAGUAAACAUAGUACGGUCAUCUGUUAUACAGCGACAGUGUCUGGAGGAUGGUCUGAGCAUUAACUGCUCAUGCAAGAAACUAGAACCACUGGACGACUCAGCCUUAUUUCUGUGGCACAACGGUGACCAACUUGUCUCAAGCAAACCGUCAAAUAUGCACGCCUUUAAAAAAGGAACAUCAAACAUUACAUGUGAAGAAUUAGUUCCAAAUCAACAUAGAAACGAUAUAGUAGCAAACGGUCUAAUUGUUGGCCUCAGUAUAUGUGUCUUUCUGAUAGCCCUGUUCGUUGUGUUCAUUGUUUUGAUACUAUGUAGUAAAAGAGUCAGAUCUAAAUUUCCUGAUAAAUUUCGAAACUAUAUGGCGUCAAGGUUUGAUGCUGAUAAAACUAUUCCAAAUUUAAAUAACCCAGCUCAAGAGCAAGCUCAUCUACCACAAAAUAAAGAGGAAAUGACAAGUAACGAAUUAAACAUUGAGAGUGCUGGAUUUGUCGAUGUUGCAAAAAAAGUCGCUUUCAAUGACCCUUUACAAACUCAAGGAAAAUUAAAUAAAAGGCCAAAUAAUUACGAAACUAAAGAAAAUGACGAUAAUGAAGAAAUGGCAAGUUUACUACCAAAUGAAACGCAAGUAGACUCCAAUUAUGAGGGUUCUACCAAUGCUAAGACUGUUAUCCUUUUGUUGGGAACACCAAAAAGUAACAAACACCUCCUGAGAAACGAGAUCCUACGAAAUGAAGAAAAAAUAAGUAAACUGCCAGAUAAAUCAAACACUACGAGUUUAGCUUAUUCUUCAAUCAAUGGUAAAGUGACAAAACUUGUAGAUGUACCAAUAACUGACGAUGUAACCAUUGAUGAAGAUAAAGAAAAUCUAAAAUCUGCUGUUGCAAUUAUUCCAGAAGGGUAUAAUGCAAUUAUCGUGGUUUUGGCAAUUCAAGAUAUUAUACAAUCUGUUCAGAAGAUAGAGAAACUACUAAAUGACAAUUUUUGCAUGGAAAGCGUAAUAUUUAUUGUAACAUACAAAGAUGAUUUACUUGAAACUGAUCCUUAUAAAACCGAAUACGAAAUAUUUAGAAAUAAGCAUAGCUCGCGUCUUUUAACUAUGAACAUUAACGGUAUAGACAUAAGAAAUGUGUUAAAUAUGGUUAAUACACAAUGUAUACAUCGUGAUGUUAAAGGGCUAUUUGCAAAAAGUGUAAAUACUUUCCUCACUACCAACGACAUCCUGUUGGAGGGGUUUAUGAUACAGUUGUGUUCGAUAAUGCAAAUACUUAAUGAUGAAAAAGAAUCUAAUACCUUAGCAAUGAGAAAAGAAAAACAAAAUCUACUAAGUUUGUACGACAAACUGAAUAGUAAUUUGUCGAGUGAGUGUGAAGACAUUAAAAACAUUAUUACAAAGACAGAAUACAAACAUCAAGGUAAAGUUAGAAAAAAGGUUGAAUCGAUUUUUGAAGAAAUUCAAGAUUGGUUUUUAAAAGACCUAUUGAAAGCAAGAAAGAAACAUGUCAAGAAUAUUAAAUGGUAACAGUUAUUUUAUAAGAACUACAUAUAGUGUUCGUUUUAUUAGCUUAAUUAUGAUAAAGCUUCAAAAACGAAGCUUGAUAUGAUUAUAAUUUUGUUAUGUAAGUACACACAACCACACUGUUAACACAUUGCAUAAUAUUUAAAUUUAUUUUACUACUAGCUAUAAUGAAAACAGUUAUGUUUCAAAGUAAAGAAUGAAUUCAAAAACAUAAUUAUUAUUUUAAAACAAAGAAGUUCUCAAAUUACGACUACGAUAAACCUACCAAUCAUAUUUUACUUUCACGUUAACACCAGUGCAACAUAUUUUUCAUAUUCACUGAUGUCUUAAAACGCACAUUAGAAUCAAGCGUUUAAACAUACUACUAUAAUUUGUAAAGCAUUACAAUUAUAAUAGCAUGUUGUAAUUUCAUGUAUUUAUUGUACUUAAAAAUAUAGUUUUUUGUAAAAAGUUUGGUUAUCACGUCUGAUAAAACGUCGAAAUAAAUUAAUAGGUUUUGUUUUGAAGGAUAAAUAAUUAUUAUAAUUAAUUAUUAUAUAAAAAUAUACUAUUACCUCAUAUAUCGAAACAUCAAAACGCGUUUUACUUAAUAACAAAAUAAUGUAUCGCAGGUUUGAAAGGGGAAAGAAUCAUCUUUAAACCUAGCAAUCCAUUGGUCAGAUGAAGCAGAGUCCUUAUGUUUCUAGACCUCGGUAUAUGAAGGGAAUGUGUGGUCAGCACUUUGCAAACAUGAGUUACGUACCCACACGAGCGGGUAGACUCAUGAACGUUCUACUGACUUGAACGCAGACUUGAACUCCAGACUUUCGAGUUAGUAGCCUAGCGCUCUACCGCUUAGUCCACGACGUCCCAUGAUUACAAUAAUAAUUUUCAUCUUUAAUCUCACUAAUAUCAUUAAUAAAAAUAUAAUUUUAAUUUUGUUUAAUAUUAUAGCCCCAAUUAACACUAUUUACUUUGUUACUACUAAAGACAAUUUUGUUAUUAUGUUUACUUUUGUUAUUAACAAAUUUUAUAUUACUAGUAUUAAAAAAUCACAUUUGUAUUUUACACUUGAAGAUCAAAAACUUUUGACAAAAGAGAAAGAAAAAAAAAUUAUAUGUAUGUCGUUUCAGGUGUUUUACGAUUUCUUUCGGUAGUAUCUUUAUAAUGUGUACUACUGCGCUUUGUAAAAAAAAAUGUAAAUGAUUUAU